AUGGCCGAGAAAGAAGAGACCCCCGGAGGGGAACAGGAUGACAUCUCUUUCCUGCGAACGGUAGGACUCUGUGACAUUUUUUUUUAAUUUUUUUUAUUUUUUUCAAAAAUUUUUUUAAAUUUUUUUAAUUUUUUUGCAAAAAAAUUUUUUGAUAUUUUUUUGAAAAACAUAUAGUAACUAUACUAUAGCCAGAAAAUAGCACGUUUUCAUUUUUUUCUUCCUCCUUUUUUCGCUAUUUUUUACUACAUUCCCACAUAAAGAGAGCGCGGGAAAAUCCGCAAAAAGACCCCGAAAACUUUGGCCAAGGGCGGAAAUGAGAGUUUUGCAAACAAGUCUAAUCGUUCUCCAAUGCAAAGUGGUGUAAAUUACACUGCAAGCUUUGCAUAGAUCCGGGGGAGAAGGCGUUUUGAGAGCGGGUCAGAUGGAAGAGCAAAAGUCCCGGAAAUUGUAAAAACUUGGGAAGAAAAACAAAUUAUUUUUUGAUGACUGACUUGAAAAACACUUGCAACUCUCUGCAAAAUUGUCAAAAUUUACAUAUUUCAAGAAAAAAAUUGAAAAUUUGAGUCUGCACUGUGCGACAAAACAUUUUUUUCCGAUUGCACGGUGCAUCGGAAUUUUGAUCGAAAUUUUUCCUAAGGGCAUGAAUUAAAAUGCCAUGAGAAUUUAAUACAUGUUUUUUACAGAGAAAAAUAUGUUCUUUACAACGCAUUUGAUUACAUUUUAUUCUCUCCGCACAGUGCAAUUUUGAUUUUUUGAAUUUUUGCACUGUGCGGCGAUGAAAUAAAAAAAAUUUAAAAUUUGGUAAUAAAAAAAUUUUUUUUGCUGAAAAAUAUUUAUAAUUACAUGAAAUAAAAUAUUUGUAACAAGGAAAUACAUUUGCAGGGAGACAUUGUUGCACUAAAUUGCGUCUCCUCCACCACCAAAGAUGGGGUGAACUCGUCGGGCCGGGUCUGCAUGUGCACCGAGGGCUUCGGCAAUCGGAUGUGCACCCUGGAAAACAUCAGCGGCAAAGACGUCCCACCCGACAUCUCCAUGUGCAUGUUCUUCAUCGACAACGCGCUCUCGGUGCGCGCCCUGCAAGAGAUGAUGAGCGCGGAGGGCGAAAUGGUAGGCUACUUUUACCGGGCUCUAGCGAAUUUCUUGAUGAUUGGAUUUCCUUGAGAUUUUGGGCAAAUAAUGCUUAUGUGUUGCUUAUUAAAGGACCAGAAAAGGUAUUUUUUGAACCGAUUUUUUUAUCGGCGUAAUCAGGCAAUUUCGCGGCGGGACCAUCAAGGGAUGGAUGUGUUCUCGAUUUUUAGAAUGGAGAAUAAACUUCUCCUGUGAAUUUUUAAUGGCCAAUUGGCCCAAAAACAUUGCUUCACAUGUUGAAUGAGCUGGGUCAUUCCAGGAACUCGAUGAAAAACAUCAAAACCGUUCAUGUAAGUUGUUUUUUGUCCUUCAGUUACUUUUUUAGGUAUCUCUCCAUGAGCAAUAAAGAUUGGACAAUUAGAAUCGAUUAGAUUGUCCAUCCGGGACCUGUGGAAGGGUAUGGUCGAGGGAAACGUGGUGAACAGGUGAGAGUUUUACAUUUUUGUUUGUUUUUUAGACCGGGAUCAUGGUUAAUAUAAUUUUUAUCAGUGAAAUUAGGGCCCGAGCUUUAGUUAAGAACUGUAUGGAGUAGUCCAGGCGUUGAUGCACGUUUUACAGAACAGAGCAUGUUUUUACUCCGUUUUUAUCAGAAGUAUGCACUUUUGCCAUUGAUAAUAUCAAAAUUUUGGCUAAAACUUGCUUUUUGGGUAAUAAUCUUGAAGUUUUUUGCAAUAGAUUGUUUGUAUUCAUUUUAUUUCAGGUUCCUGGUACGUCGGGAAAAGACUACGAUGCUGGAGACUAGAACCACAGCCAUCACUACGGACAAUUAUCGCCUCACGAUCGUUGAUUCUUUUUUCCAUCAAUAUUUCAAUCUAACCUUGGCAAUAAGCAAUAAAUCUUGUUAUAUGCUCUAUGAAUAGUGUUUGAAUUCGUCAAGGCACUUGACGCCUUGUUCAGAGUAAAUCGAUGGAAAGAGAUACCUAAAAUUGAAAAUUCAUGAAGUACAACAUCAUUUUCGCACUUAUAUGAGGAUUUUCGAUAGAAUUCCUGAGACUGCACAUCUUAUUCAGCACGUAUAUCAAAGUUUCUGGGCCAAUCGGCCAUUUGAAAUCCACUGGAGAACUUUAUUCUCCAUUCUAAAAAUCGAGAACACAUACAUACCUUGAUGGUCCCGCCACGAAAUUGCCUGAUUACGCCGAUAAAAAAAUCGGUUCAAAUGGUCCUUUAAUCACUGAGAAAUUUGGCUUGCGCUUCGCAGAAGUGACCGAGAUAUUCAACCAUCUUUGUAAGACUAGGCAAAUGAGGAGAGACGGUCAGAGAAAAAAAAAAUUUUUUUUGUUCGUGCCUGUUUGGAUUGGAAAAUUAGUUUUGAAUAGGAAUAUUGGUUAUCAGAAUUUCAGAAUGAUCUGAAAAUUUUGAAAAAAAUUUUUUUUUCUCUGCUCGCUCUCUUCAAUUUUCCUACUCUCUCGUCGGCAAAGAUUGCGGAAUAUCUUGCCGUCAGCUGCAUAGAGCAAGCUAAAAUUCUCAAGAAUUUAUUAGACUUUCAGACACAAAGCAUGCGCAAAAAUUGAAGGAAAUCUGAGCUUUUACCUUUGAGCACUGACCUUCUGAACAAUAUUAAUAUCAAAAACUGGGAAGUGUCAAAAAUGCCGCAAAAUACCUCCCUCUUUAAGUGAAAAAACUCCGAUUUCAAAAGCGCGGCCUCUCUUUUUGUGAGGGAAAGGGCACGCGGUUCAAGACGGAGUGUUUUUUCACUUGGAGAGGGAGGCAUUUUGCCACAUUUUUGAUACUUCCCGGAUGCAAAAUGAUACUUUUUUGCCACUGGAUCAGGUCCCCCACUGUAGCCCAAAACAAAUCUUUUGAAUUGGUAAAAACUUGGUCAAAAAGGCAUUUUCGUGGUGUUGCGAGAAAAGUUGCCACUGGAUGUGGUCCCUGCUGUAAAUUACUGUAUCUCAAUUUCCUUGCAGAAGGCAUCCGGCGGCGGUGGAGGCCACAAAACCUUGUUGUACGGGCAUGCCGUCCAAUUGAAACACGUCCAGUCAGAGAUGUUCUUGGCCUGCCUCUCCACCUGCACCUCCAAUGAUAAGAUCGCGUUCGAUGUGGGUGUUCAAGAGAGCAACGAAGGCGAGGCGUCGUGGUGGACCAUUCAUCCGGCUUCAAAACAACGAUCCGAAGGUGAGAAAGUCCGCGUCGGCGAUGACGUCAUUCUGGUCAGUGUGGCAACUGAACGAUAUUUGGUAAGAUUUUUUUUGGAAUGACAUGGAUAGUUAGUUGUAAUGGCACUUGAAAAAAGAUAAUUUUACUUUGGGAAGUGUAGUAUUGAAGUUUUAUGACAUUUUUUUAUAUUAUCCAUGUUUCAGCACAUGGCUGUCGCCAAAAAUCUCAUGGUAAUCGCAUCCUUCCACCAAACUCUUUGGAAUAUCACAUCGGUCAGCUCGGGAAGUGUCCGAUCUAGAAAUAUGGGUAAGAAAAAUGGCGGUGAAAGACUUGAAAUUUUGUUAGGUAACUGAAACUUCGAUUUUUUAUAAUUUUUUUUGCGAUCGUGAUUCUGAAAAGAUCAGGACCUAUCAGAAUAAGUCUAAUUCUUCCAGAAAAAACCGAUUUUUCAAAAAAAAAAAAAAAAAAAAAAAAAAAAUUUUUUAAUUUUCGGAAAUUGAAUUUUUCGGGAACUGGGACGAUUAGGGAAACCGAAAAGUAUUAUUUUUCUUCAAUGCAAAUGUCAAAAUUAGGAUAAUCGAGGGUGCUGAUUUCGAAAAUGACAUUCAUUUUUUAGAUAGUAACUUUUUUCUUUAAGUAGUACUGUAAAGUAGUAAUUGUUUGAAUUUUUUUCAUGAAUACUUGACUUGUUGGUUUUUGAUGGUGCUGAUCUCAAAUCAGAAAAAAUGAAUAAGAUUUUUGAAAUCAGCAAGGUCGAACCCCCCAAAUCGAGUAUUCAUGAAAAAAAAUCAAAAAAUAGUACUUUACAGUACUACUUCAGGAAAAAAGUAAUGAGCAAAAAAAAUGAAUGUCAUUUUCGAAAUCAGUACCCUUGAUUAUCCUAAUUUUGACACUUGCAUCGAAGAAGAAUAAUACUUUUCGGUUUCCCAAUCGUCGAACUCCGAAUUUUUCAUGUAUUUGACCCGUCUUUUUUUUUUGCCUUAUAUCUCGGCUUUGCGUACAAAGCGGGAGCUAAAAAUUUUCGGAAUUGAAAUGUAUCCUAGGUAGAAUAUAUAGGCCAAAUUUGAAGAAAAUUUGAGCGUCAUGUCGCGAGCAGUCUCCAUUUUUUUUAAAAAACUUUUAUUUUUUCAGGUUUUCUCUUUGGUAACGAUGUUCUUCGACUUUUCCACGGAAACGACGAAUGCCUGACCAUCCCAGAGAAUUGGAGCGACAGUUCACACAAGUAGGCCCUUUUUUGAAAAUUUUCUACUUCUCUGGGAUACUUUUUGAUCCCUUUUUUUUAUCAGUUGGACCUUAUUUUACUUAAUUUACCCAAAUUUUUCUCCAGCAUGGUGAUCUACGAGGGCGGGAACGCCGUGAAUCAGGCGCGCUCGUUGUGGCGCAUCGAGCUGAUCCGCACGAAAUGGCACGGCGCCAUGGUCGGCUUCGAACAGCCCUUCCGAAUCCGCCACAUCACCACCGGCCGCUACCUGGCCAUCAAGCCCAAGGACGAAAGUAUUGCCUCCGAAAACGCGCUCAUCGUCUCGCUGCUGCGCAAAGAGCACGCCAGCUACAACCGCACGGCUUUCGUCAUGUGCCAAAACAAGGUAUCGUAAAAGUUUUUAAAUUUGGGGUGGGCUCUGAAGUGGGGUACUGGAAGGUUUAUUUUGUUUAUAGCUUGAGGAAGGAUGGAUCUAAUUUGGGAAAAAUUGUAUUUUUAGGACUCAAAAGAGCCGUAUUUUUUGGCUAGGACUUUUUAUCGCAAUGCCAUAUAAGGGCUUUUUUGAAAACGAGAUUUUUUUCGAAAUUCGAAAAAUUUUUUUUGAAUUUUGAAUCUAAAAAAACUUAUAUUUUUUGUUAAUUUUCUUUAUUUUGCAAUUUUUUUGCUGUUAGAAAAACCCUCAGGAAAUUGGCAAACAUGACCUUUAUCGAUUUUUUCAGCAUAAAAAAUUGCCAUAAAAAGCCAGAAAAAAUUAAAAUUUAUGAAAGCUAGCAAAAAAAUCUUGAUUUUAAAGAAGCCCUGAGGGGAUAUUGCGAUAAAAAUUAAAUGCUCAAAAAAUAGAGACCUUGUGGAUCCUAAAAAUAUAAUUUUCAUAAAUUUUCUUCAUUACUUCCCGAUUUAUGAGCAAAAUUAGGCGUUUAGGUCCAACUGACCUGCCCUACUAUAAGAUCCUAAAUUUAUUUUGUUGUUUCAGGACCCCAAGAAGCAAAUGCUGGACGAAAAAGAGGAGGAGGGCAUGGGGAACGCCUCCAUCGGCUACGGCGAAACGAACGCCUUCAUCCAGCACGUGGAUUCGCAGUUGUGGCUCUCCUACAAAACCUCCGAAGUCACCAAGAAAGGAUUGGGAAAAGUGGAGGAAAAGAAGGCGGUCCCGUUGAAGGACGGCCACAUGGACGAUUGCUACACCUUCUUCAUGGCCCUGGAAGAGGAAAGCAAGUCCGCAAGGGUGAUCCGGAAAUGCAGCUCGGUCUUGAAUCGAUUUUUACGGUAAGAAAAUCGAUUUAUAAAAAAAAUUGAAUUUUUUUUUUGGAAAAUAAUGGUGAAAAUCGAUAAAAUAAGAUUUUUUUAGAGCUCAAAUUGUUGGAAAAUAUUUUUUUCUCCGUUUGAAAUAUCCCCUAAAGGCUAUUUCAAAUCAAAGUUAUUAAAAAUUUUCACCUUACUGAAAUUUUGGAAAUCGAUUUUUUCUGAUUGCCGGAAGGCAUUUAACUAUGCAAAAAGUCAAAAUGAAAAAACAAGAUCCCUUAACUAUCCAGAAAUAUAAUUUUUGUAAGUUAUGAUCCAUUAUUUCCAACGUUAUCGGCAAAAGAAACCAUCCAAGUCGGUCUGAUCAACCAUGUGUAAUAUCGCAAUUUCUAGGGGAAUCGAAGCCUUGCACACCGAGGGAAACCAAGCCAACGAUUGGAAUCGUGUGGACCUCAACGAAGUGCUCAAACUCAUGGAAGACCUCAUUGAAUACUUUGCUCAGCCCAACGAUGAAAUGAGUAGGUCAUCUAGUAUAUAUUUUUAAUUUUUUUGUUUAUUAAUUUUAGUUUUUUGAGCUGUAACUAUUUUUUUUUACUUUUUUCCAGCCUUCGAAGAGCGCCAGAACCGCUUCCGCGCCCUGCGCAGUCGGCAGGAUUUGUUCCAAGAAGAAGGCGUCCUGAACAUGAUCCUGGACACCAUCGACAAGUUCAGCGAAAUGGAAAGCCUCCCCAAUUUCGCGGGCCUCAUCGGCGACGAAAACCAAAUGAUCUGGGAGGAAAUCUCGACAUAUCUGUAUCUUCUUGUGGCCGCCAUGAUCAAAGGUAACCAUCGAAUGAAGCCUUUAACCUUAAGCUUGACUUUUAAUACGUCUAAUAAUCUCUCCCUUCAGGCAACCACUCAAAUUGCGCUCAAUUCGCCGCCGUCCAGCGACUGGACUGGCUGUUCGGCCGCCUCUCGAAUCCCCAGUCCGCCGAAGGCAUCCUGGACGUGCUGUAUUGUGUCCUCACCGAGUCCCCGGAAGCCCUGAACAUGAUCAACGAGGGCCAUAUUAAAUCCGUGAUAUCUUUGUUGGAAAAGGUCGGCAGAGACCCCAAAGUUUUGGAUGUGUUGUCCAGUCUAUGUGAAGGUAAUGGAAUGGCUGUGAGGAGCUCGCAGAACACCAUUACGAACCAUCUUUUGCCCGGCAAAGACUUGCUCCUCCAGACGGCUAUGAAAGAUCAGGUAAAGUAAUAUAAACCCGAAAUGUGAGCAAAGCAUGAGGCAGCUAGCGCUGAAAGAGUUAUUUCUGAUAGGUUAGAAGAUAGUGACCUGAAAUUUACAAAAAAAUUAGUUUUGGGAUCUACGGGGCCUCAUUUUCCUCCACUUUUCCCAUCUUGGGGUCCUGAAACAGCAAAGAAAAUUUCGAAUUUUUUAGUAGAGUUUUAGUAGAGAUUUGGGAAUUUGAUUUUUUUUUGAAUAUCCCCUUAGGGCUUCUUUGAAAUUAAGAUUUUUUGCUGGGAUUCCUCAAAUUUUGGUUUUUCAUCCCAAAAAAUGACUAUAUUUUUGACGAUGUAAAAAGUCUAUAAAAGUGGUGUUUCUCAAUUGCCUGAAGGUUGUCUUAACGGCAAAAAAUUGCAAAAUAAAGAAUAGAGGCCUUACUUUUAAAGAUUUUUUGAUGGAAUUCCUCAAAUUUUAAUUUCUCAUCCCAAAAGUCCCUAUUUUUAUGCUACAAAAAUUGAUAAAAGUGAUGUUUCCCAAUUGCCCGAGGGCUUUCCUGCCGAAUUCUAAUUUCCUCCCCCCGUUUCCAGGUCUCCAGCAUGAUGCCCAACAUCCUGGUGGGCCUGGUGGACGGGAGUUCGCUCUUCAAAAAGUGGUACUUCGAGGCGGAAGUGGAGCACCUCGAGACGAUGACCAAAACCCCGCCACUACUCCGAGUAGGCUGGGCCAACACCGUCGGCUACAAGCCGUUCCCCGGCUCGGGCGACGGCUGGGGCUGCGGCGGCGUGGGCGACGACUUCUACUCGUACGGCUUCGACGGCCUGUUCAUGUACUGCUCGGGGAAGGCGCGCCAAGUGGGGCAUCGGGUGUUCCGCAAAGGCGACGUCAUCGGAUGCGCGUUGGAUCUGCUAGUGCCCGAGGUGAAGUUUUCAUUGAACGGACAGCCCAUCCCAGCGGUGUUCAAGAACUUCAACGUGGACGGGUUCUUCUUCCCGGUCAUGUCCAUGUCCGCCAAAGCGAGUUGUCGAUUUUUGUUCGGUGGGAAUCACGGACGCCUUAAAUACGGCCCACCAACUGGCUUUUCGUCCGUGGUGGAGGCGCUGGAUUGCCCGCUGAAGGUCGAUGAAUGCCUCUCCUUCGGAGAUUUGCUAAAAAACACAUACGCCGGACCUUCAACAACCCUUCAUGCAAUCGAACCUUUCAUCCCGACCCCAUUAGACAUAAGUGGCGUAAACUUGCCCAGCUUCGCCCUGGAGAACCAUCAACGGUUCGCGGAGAACCUGCAUGAGCUGUGGGCCAUGCGCAAAAUCGACUUGGGAUGGACCUACGGCGAGGUCCGAAACGAAGCCAACAAACGACACCCGUGUCUGACGUCCUUCAAUCAGCUUCCGGAAACAGAACAACAUUAUAAUAUACAGCUGGCGCUGGACACAAUGAAGGCUAUCGAAGCUGCGGGUAGGUUCAAUUUAUUUAUUUUUUGAGAUUUUUUUUGGGAAAAGGGGUUUUUAUACCGACUUUUUUUUGAUUUUUUGGGGCGCAUUUUUGUCCUAUGUCUCGAUAAUUAAUAAAAGCCCUCAGGUAAUUUUUAAAUUGCAAUUUUUGCGAAAAGUUUCUCAAAUUUUUUUUUUCAAAAACUGAUUUUUCGAUUUCUAAAUUUAUUUCUAGCUUUGGAAAAUUCUGAAAAAAUGAUUUUUGACUUUAAUGAAUAUUAUAAACUGCAAUUUUUGCAAUUUUUUUUCAAAUUUGCCCAUGGCAAAAUAAAAAAAAAUUUUUUUCAAGAAUUGAUUUUUCGAUUUCUAAAUUUGAUUUUUAGCCUUGGAAAAUUCUGAAAAAAAUCUUUUUGACUUAUUUCAAUUCAAAAAAAAAACAUAAUUUAAAAAAAAUUUUUCCUUGCAUACCACGGAUUUUUUGAAAAUUCCCACUGUAAAAAAAUUUGGCCCUCAUUUUAGGCUAUCACAUGGUCUCCGACAAGCCCCCAACCCGCCUUCGGCCGGUCCGUCUGGCCCAACACUAUGUUCAGGCCAACGGAUACAAACCGCAACCCUUGGACACGCAUGAAAUCGAACUCUCCGAGAGCAUGAACCCACUGAUCGACACCAUGGCCCGAAACACGCAUAAUGUGUGGGCCAAGGAGAAGAUUCGCCGGGGUUGGACCUUCGGCGUCAGCGAGUAUGUGGAUGCAACGCAGAAACGGAGCCCUCACCUUGUUCCUUAUGAUCAGGUGAGAAUUUUAAAAGUUAAUUUUUUUAUGAUUUUUGAAAUGAAUUUUUUACUAUGUUAACUUUUAAAUUAUACCCUAAGGGAAGAUCAAUUCAUAUUUUACAAGAUUUCUAACCUUUCUUUGCAAAAAGAUUUCGAUUUUGCCAUUUUCUCCGAGCUUUUUUGAUAAACGAACAAAUUUACGUCAAAAUCCAUAAUAAAUUUACGUUUUUUCUCCAUAAUUUCGUUCCUUUUCUGCAGAGCCCUCUGUGUAUUUGAUGCAAAUGUGCGCACGCGUGGCCUCCCUUGAUUAGAGACAGUCGAUUUUUGAGAGAGCAAGAGAAAGCGCAGUAGAGAAAGAGAGAAAACAAAAAAUAGCGCGCUUUUUUCUCGCUCUCUUCCCGAGUGGGAACACAUUCGAAAGCCGACAAAGAGGCUAACGCGGGAUAUAAAAGCGAGGUGUGGGAGAAGAGAAAUGUUCAUUCCAAAUGGACAUAUACUAAAAUUGGAACAAUACAGAGAAGAUUAGCAUGGCCCCUGCGCAAGGAUGACACGCAAAUUCGUGAAGCGUUCCAAAUUUUUUGUCGAAUUUUGAAUGGUUUUUUUUAUUUGAGUGGAUAGGCGAUUACAGUAUGAAGCAAAAUUACUGUGACUAAUUUUUUUAAGUUCAAUAAGACGGAAAACAUUAGAAUUUGAGAAAAAUUUUAUAUUAUUCUUGAUACAAAAAAAUUGCAAAAAAUAAAAAAAAAAUCUUCCAAUUUGAAUCCGCCAAUUCCAGGUGGAUCAACGAAUCAAAGAGGCGAAUCGAGAAGCCGCUGCGGAGAAUAUCCGAGCUCUCCAACUCUUCGGAAUCUUCCUCGAAGCCCCGGCGAUCGAGCAGGACGAAGCGGCCGAAAAGGAAAUGCGAGCGAUGAAGUCAAAAGUCCGAACCUACCGUGCCGAAGCCACGUACAAGGUGAAUGGAGGCAAAUGGUACUUUGAAUUCGAAGUUUUGACCGAGGGAUUCAUGAAAAUCGGAUGGAUGGAUAUCUCUGCUAUGCCUGAUACAAAAUUGGGUAAGCUAUCGAAAAAUAAUUAAAAUUUUUCAGAAAAAAAAUGUUUUUAGAAUGUGAUUUGAUCUAUUUACGAUAUGUUGAGACGAAAAAAAAUUACCUGAAAAAAAUUUUUUUUUGUAUGAAAUUUUUUUUUACCUUGUUUUAGGUCUGGACGACAAAUCCUACGGAUUCGACGGCUAUCUUUGCAAGAAAUGGCAUCAAGGCGCCGAAACCUAUGGUCGAGAAUGGAAAGUGGGCGAUAUUGUGGGCUGUUUCCUCGACCUCAACGACCGAACCAUCUCUUUUUCGCUGAACGGAGAACUUCUCUUGGUAUGGGCCUUGUGUGGGAACUGGGACUUGGGGAAACCGAAAAGUAUUAUUUUUCUUCGAUGCAAGUGUCAAAAUUAGGAUAAUCGAGGGUGCUGAUUCCGAAAAUGACAUUCAUUUUUUCGGUCUUUACUUUUUUCCUUAAGUAAGUAAUGUAAAGUAGUAAUUUUUUAAAAUUUUUUCACAAAUACUCGAUUUGGGGGGUUUCGAUGGUGCUGAGUUCGAAAAUCUUAUUUAUUUUUUCUGAUUUGAAAGCAGCACCAUCGAAAACCCCCAAAUGGAGUAUUUAUCAAAAAAAAAUUCAAAAAAUUACUACUUUACAGUACUACUUAAAGAAAAAAGUUACUAUCGAAAAAAUGAAAAUCAUUUUCGAAAUCAGCACCCUCGAUUAUCCCAAUUUCGACACUUGCAUCGAAGAAAAAUAAUACUUUUCGGUUUCCCCAGUCGUUCUGCUCCGCUUGUGUAACCUCAUCAAUUUCGAAUUUUUUAGGACCCGUCUGGAAGUGAGAUGGCGUUCGACAAUGUCACCCCGAUCGACGGGUUUGUUCCAGCAAUGACGCUGAGUGCAGGCCAAAGAGCCCGGUUGAACUUUGGACAGGACUCCAACUCGCUGAAAUUCUUCACCACUUGUGGUCUACAGGAAGGUUACGAGCCAUUUUGUGUGUAAGUUGUGCAUUGUAUGUUCGAAAUUUUGCCUCAAAUAGAAGCCUUGAGGUCUAAAAUGUCUGGAAAUUUAGCAAUAUGUACCGACAAAUGCCAAUGUGGUACUCCAAACACCUCCCCACCUUCCACGAGAUCAGCGAAUACUCGCGCAUGGAAGUGAACCGAGUCCCGCCGACCGCCACCUCCCCGCCCUGCCUGAAGAUCAGCCAACAGACCACGAACAACGACAGUUUCACUGAGAAGUCGAAAAUGGAAUUUAUCCGCCUGUCACUGCCCAUUAGAUGCAAGAAAACUUUUGUCAAGAACAAGUAGGUCAUGUGUAAUAUAGUUGACUCAAAAAUGGGAGUUUUUAGGGGAAAUUUGGUAUGUAAUGGUGUUUAAUUUAAAUUUUAGAGACCGUGAAGCCAUUAUGAAGGCAAUGCAAGAGCUCCAGAAGCGAAACCCAUCAAUCGCGACCAUAAAAUCGCCCGGAUUACCCAAAGAAUUUGAAGAUCAGUCGGAAAAGAAGCGAAAGUCGAUUGGAAAAACGCUUCUUUCGGCCUUCAGACAUAGCAGCCAUGAUGAUGAUGCUCGAUCCCACACAAACGCAUCCUUCGACGGCAGCAUCCACGAUGGCGAGCCACCAGCCCUUUCGUAAGUAUAAAAUAAAAAAAAAUUUGGUUGAAAAAACGCCUGAUUUGACGUUAUAGCGAGAGAUUCUCACUUAUCAACACGUUUCCUCACGUAUUUAACCGAACUACGCUUUUCACCGAUUUACCGCUAAAAUUUGCAAAUUUUUUGACUGCACGGUGCAAUUACUUCUCUCUAACUUUUUGCACCGUGCGAUAGGCGCACGGCUAAAAGACGGUUAUGAUAUGUUUCUAGAGGUGAUUUGGAACUAUUCUAGUGUGUUUAGUAGUACCCUGGUGGUUUGGAAAGGAUUGGUUUGAUUAAAUUAUAUUACACUAGAGUGCGGAGGGAAAUUUGAUCUAACUCGAUGAAUUGAAGUGCUAAUAACAAGAUUUUGGUGAGGAAAGAGUGUUAAAUGGAUAAUAGAAGAGCCUAGCAUGUAUAAAAAAGUCUUGUCUCAUUUCUGACAACUUUUAGCUUUGGCGAGCUGCGCCCAGGGAUUUGCUGGAAUUUCGAGAAUUUUGACGAUUUUUUGACUGGAGAUGAUUAUACUGGUCUUUGUUGAUAAUUUUACAACAUAUUUGUUGAAAUACUUGCCGAUUUUUUGUACGAAAUCACACUUAUCCAUCAAAAAGUCCCAUAAAAGAGCUAAAAUUAUAUAUCCCCCCUUUUGUCGAAGCUAAUACCUCUGCACACGCAAUGCUUAGCGGCUAGAUACACUGUCUAAAGUCCAAAAACAAAGCUCUUAUGUCUCUCACUUGUCCCCACGUCACAACGCUAACCCCUGAAACGCUUUGAAGGCAACGUCGCCGAGUGCUGACCAUGCUCCACUUCGGCCUCCACUCCUUCGACGAGACCGUCUUCACAUGGCUCAAGACCGAAGACCAGAACCAUGAGGAGUUCUGGGUGGACGGAGUCAGGUAGUUCGAGUCGAAUUGUCAGCCUUUUUGUCCGCCCUGUCCCAGUGCUACUUCUAGUGGUUGUGAGCGGAGUUGUAGUGGUUAUUGUGAGGUCUUGAGGUGGUUGUAGCCUUCAUUUGUCGGUUGACUUUCUAUCUUCAGCGAUUUCCGGGAUUUCCUGCAAGUGGCUGUCGAUUUUUAAGUUGGCGAGCUGCGCCCAGGGUUGUGUCUAUAAAACUAGUAGAAGUGAGGAAAUUAGUAAUUAAUUGAAUUUUAUGAAAAAUGCGAACGCUAUUUUACGUUCAUUACAAAUUUGGGCCUCUAAAUUGGCGCAAAAAAAUAUUUCCGAGCUGCGCCCAGGGUUAUUUUAAAACCCCAAUAAUAAUGGGUGAUUUGUGAGGUAGGUGGACUUUAUGGAUGUAGUAAACUCGAUCUGACGUUGGUUACUAAUCUAGAUCUUCAGAGCCGGACAAAUCAAAAUUCGAGCUGCGCCCUGGCUUGAUUUUCAAAAGAUUGAGAAGACUUGGAAAUUCGUAAAAAAAAGUUAAUUUUAUGGACACGACACGGUAUUUCCCAUAGUUUUGAAAUUAUUUGAUCCUGAAAAUCUAUAUAAAAUAUUUUCCGAGCUGCGCCCAGGCCAAUUUUCCUUUUUUCCAUUAUCGUGGCAAAUCAUAUCCCUAUGUUGUUUGUAUGUUUCUGCGGUAAUUGUGAAGCCUAAAAUUCAUACUUUUGCUAUGACUUCCACUCUAUUUGAAGUUGUUUUCCGGCUUCUAACCACUACAGGGUGUCCAGAGAAAUUCCGCGGAAAGUGUUUGCCGAUUUCUCGGCGCUCAGGCAAGAUAUCCAAAAAAUUCUUUUUGCAUUAGAAAGAAGACUAUGGGCGGUUUUUUUUCUAAAAAAGUUUUUUUGUCCGCCGACGCGGAACAUACUGUAUUUGGCGGAGACUUUUGGUAGCUUUUUUGGUCAUCACACCAAUCUUAAAAGCUUCAGUACGAUUUCUGAUGGUUAAGAAGAGAAUGUUAUCUUAUUUUUAUGUUUACCAACCGUUCGGCAAUGGAAUGGCGAGUUUUCCGUAUCGGCGGAGGCCACAACUCAGCUUCGGAUAGGAGAUGUCCCAAACAUUAUGUGGCUAGCGUUCUUUGCUGAUCCCAUAUGCUCUCCAAAAUUCCGUCGCCAAGCCUUGGCUGCAUCUUAGCCAUCAGUAAACGACUUGGUGCACCAGAAAACAACAAAAUAUUUUUUGUUUGAACUUCUCUUUGCCCCACUGUUUCAAACCUCCGCACGAUGCGGUCGGACUUUAUCGCCGUUGACGAAACUACACAAUGCGGUGCAGUCGCUAAAUGCAAUUGCACAGCAUUGUCGUCGGUCCCUUGAUCCUCUGCAGAAAAAACUGAAGGCUUCCCGAUAGUUUCAGGAUCAUAGUAAAGCGCUUAAGAUUGGUGUGAUGACCAAAAAAGCUACCAAAAGUCUCCGCCGAAUACAGUAUGUUCCGCGUCGGUGGACAAAAAAACUUUUUUAGACAAAAAACCGCCCAUAGUCUUCUUUCUAAUGCAAAAAGAAUUUUUUGGAUAUCUUGCCUAAGCGCCGAGAAAUCGGCAAACACUUUCCGCGGAAUUUCUCUGGACACCCUGUAAAAUGGCGGACCUGAUCCCGUGGCAAAAACGUACCAUUUUGCAUCCGAGAAGUGUCAAAAAAUGUAGCAAAAAAUGUAAAUACCUCCUUCUCCAAGUGAAAAAACUCCGAUUUUAAAAGCGCGCCGCUAUUUUUGUAAGGAGACAUUUAAAGGGACUUUUAAAGAGUUGUUUCACUUGGAAAAGCGGGUAUUUUGCCACAUUUUUUGAUACUUCCCGGAUGCAAAAUGUUACGUUUUUUGACACUGGAUCAGGUCCGUUACUGUAAGUAGUGAGGGUUUUCUUGAAGUCGAGCUUGAAAGUGUGCUUUAACACGCCUAUUACUAUCCUUACUGUCGCUGUAACGCCCUACUAACUCAACUAUCAUUUCCGCUUCGAGAGGAGGAGUCUUUUGACUUUGACUCUCCCCAUUUUUCUCAUUUUUCUAACUGUAGAAGUGGUGAUUCUAACAUGAUCCUCUUACUUUUCGACGAAUACUUGUGUAAUCUUCCAGGAAAUCCAGCCAUUUGGACAUGUCGAACGAAGAGCGCGCGUUGGCCGCCGAAAAAUUGCGCGACAUGACGAAACAAGGCGCGAAUAUCCACAAAAAGUCGUCCGGCCUGCUGAAUCGCCUCAGGGAACGGAGGGAUAAGAGCAAGUAAGGGAAUUUUGUUCAAGCUGUUUUGGGUUUCCAUCGUUUUUGAAGUAAAUUUCGCUACAUUUUUUACGAAAUUAUGAGAAAAAAGUGAAUUUCGUCGAUGUUAUCGAUGAUUUGAAAUAAAAAAUGAUUUUUUCAGAGACGACCGCUCCGUUGAGAAGAAAGGCCGAAUCGACGAGGACCCCAAGUCCGUCAAGAGCUUCGAUUUGGCUUCAGCGACGGAGGGGUCAAUGUCAAGGCAUGAAAGUCGGGAUUUGCUGAGCGGUAAGGACCUUGGCUUAAAAUUGGAAAUACUCAAAGUGUGACGGGCAGAUCUUUUUCAAAUUUUGGACAGAUGUUGUGUCUAGUUCGUAAAAGAAUUACCGAAAAUUUUAGCUCGCGUUUUGCAGAAAGGACGGGGAUAUUGAAGGUUCGGUGAGAGAGUACGGAAAAUUGGGAGAGUGGUCAGAGAAAUUUUUUAUUUUUUGGCGAUUUCUUGGCCAAAAUGGGAUUUUUUGGAGAAAUUUUUUAUCUCUACUUAUCAUAAGUAGAUUAGUAGCGAUUUAAAAAUAAGAAAAUUUCAAAAAAAAAGAAAAAAAAUAAAUAAAUUUUUAUCCAAAAAAAUUUUAAAAAAUUUCCCUUCAGCGAUUCCAGACAUGCCGCAGUCGGGCCCGGGCCGCGCCUCAUUCCGCCGUGGCUCCAAGAAGCGCAAGAACGGCAAGAAGGACCGCUCUCCGUCCAUGCCCGACACCAAAGAACACCGGCUUUCCGUGGCGCCCACCGAGGUCACCGACGGCGGCACCAGCCUGGACGACGACAGUUUCGCGAUGACGCAAAUGGCCGACCAGAUUGACGAUUAUUAUUAUGGAGUGCGGAUCUUCCCAGGUGAGUAAAAAAAAAAUUUUUUUUAAAGGAAUUAUCGACUGGUCGAUAAAAUUUUGAUGGCAAAAAAGUGUAAAAUAAAAGAUUUUGGCUGGAUUAUUGGUGUGUAAGAAAUGUGGCAGUAGUUUUUAUUACGUUUUUCUUUGGAAAAGCCGUUUUUGGUUCACAGCCUGGGCGCAGGCUGCGGAUUCUAAAAUUUUCAAAUUUUGAUGUUUCAAAUAAUUAGGGCAAUUUUAAGGCGGAUUGUGACGAUGAGCAAUAUUAUUAAAUGAUUUUAAUUUCGUAAAGGGCAUAUUUGAAUAUAAGCUAGGGCGCGGCUGCGGAAUUAGAAAUCUUAAAAUUUUGAUGUUUCAAAAAACUAGGACAAUUUUAAGGUGGAUUCAAACGAUACGCAAUAUUUUUUAAAUGAUUGUAGCUUCAUAAAGGACAUUUUUGAAUGUUAACCUAGGGCGCAGGCUGCGAACUCAAAAAUGGUCAAAUUUUGACGCAGAAUUUAAAACUCGGGUCAAACACAGUGCAAUGAUGUUACCGGUCAAAUUAUAUUUUUUAUUUUCUAGAAAUCGACAAUAGGGCGCAGCUCGGAAAAAAAAAUUUUUUAAUUUUAGAAAAUUGAUUUUUCCCAAUUUCAGGACAAGACCCCGCCAACGUGUGGGUGGGCUGGGUGACGCCGCAAUUCCACAGCUACGCGCAAAACUUCAACGCCGCCGAAGCGGUGCGCAAGUGCCGCUUCACCGAGAUCGACCAUCACGGAAUCCCAUCGGACUCGGUGGAAUACCGCAACUGCUACAUGCUGAACGCCCAGGAACUCCUGAACGCCGUUUCGGACGGAACGAACACCAAGGUCUCGGGACUCCUCAUCGGAUGUAUUGUCGACAUUUCGCUGGGCGAACUCUCUUUCCUGGCUGCCGGACAGGACACGGGAAUGAAGUUUAAAUUGGAACCAGGUGGGUUACUGUAAUUUUCAAAUAUUUUUUUUGCUUUUAAAGUUUUUUAAAAAUUUUUAUGGAUUUUUCCACAGAGUUUAGUAAUAAUUUACAAAUUUUUUUGUUGAAUUUUAAAGUUAAAAACGGCAGGCUGCGCCCUAUAAAAUUAAGGAUUUUUUGAUGAUUUAAUUAAGUAUAUGGUAUUUUGGAGACCAUGAGUAAUUUUGCCUUUGAUGGGCAACUUCCAAGCUUAAUUUGUUGAAUACGGUUCGAAAAAAAUUUGGCGAGCUGCGCCCUAUAUUUAAAAAAAAAAAAUUACGAGCUGCGCCCUACGUUUUUUUAAGUUUGCUAAAAAUUUAAAAAUUUGGGUUGCUGCGCUCUACAUUUAAAAAACCUUUUGCCGAGCUGCGCCCUACAUUUUUAAAAAAAUUUGGCGAGCUGCGCCCUACAUUUUUUAAGUUUGCUAAAUUUUUUUUAAUUUGGCGGGCUGCACCCUACAUUUAAAAUUUUUUUGCCGAGCUGCGCCCUACAUUUUUUAAAAAAUUUGGCGAGCUGCGCCCUACAUUUUUUAAGUUUGCUAAAUUUUUUUAAUUUGGCGGGCUGCACCCUACAUUUAAAAAUUUUUUGCCGAGCUGCGCCCUGAAAUUGUUUUCAAGUUUUGUCUAAAUAUUUACUCAAUUUCCUACUUUAGGAGCCAUGCUCUACCCUGCCGUUUUUGUCACGCCCACCACCCAAGAGAUCCUGCAGUUCGAGUUGGGCCGCCUCAAAUACUACUUCCCGCUGUCGGCCGCAAUGUUCAAGUCCUCCCACAAGAGUCUGGUCCCAUUCUGCCCGCCACGACUCACCGUCCAAAAGCUGUACCCGCGCUAUUGGUCGCGCGUGCCGAACGAGUGCCUGCGGACAACGGCGCUGAAACUGAGCGACGUUCGGGGCUGGUCGGUGCUGUGCGACGACCCGGUCCGCACCCUGAUGCUCUACAUCCCCGAAAAGGAUGCGGCGGUCGACAUUCUGGAGCUCAUCGAAAUGCCCGACCUGCUGACAUUCCACCGCCAGACCCUCAACUUGUAUUGUCGGCUGGCGUCGCACGGCAAUCAAAAAGUGGCGCAUAUCUUGUGCACCCAUGUGGAUGAGGACCAGUUGAUGUAUGGGGUGAAGUCGCAUUGUAAGUAGUUUUAUUGGAGAGGAUUUUUGUGAGAUUUGAAAUGAGAUUUUUUCGGGAUUUUUUUGAUUUUUUUUCGAAUUUUCAAAAUUUUUUUUUUUUUAUUUUUUGAUCUAAAAAUUGAAAGAAAUGUAUUUUACACUAAGAUAACGUUGUAAAAUCACCUUUUUUUUGCUUUACAUGCAAUUUAAUUUUUGAUUUUGACGAAAUUUUAUAUUCUUUUUAUCGAAAAUUUAAAAAUUUCCCAAAAAUUCGAAAAAAAUCCGAAAAAGUUAUUUUUUUCCGAAAAAAUGGAUGAUUUAUGAAUUUCAAAUUAUGUCAAAGUAAAUUUCCUUUUGUAUUUUAGUCAUGUCCGGCCCGAUCCGGCAAGGCGUGCACGACUUUAUCAUCGCCGUCCACCUCCAAACCCACGCCGCCGCCCGUCUCUCCACCUCCAAGGAAUACGUGGUCCCGUUGGUCCCCGAACUCUCCGGCAUGGAUGUGUUCGACUCGGAGGCGGAGGGAAGGUAUCCCCACAUUUUGGGCUCAACUGUUUCCAUCCUGCCGGUCAUGAAAUACGAGGAGAUUCGAAGUGAUUUUAGUCAAGAUGAUGAGGAGAGAAUAUUGCCGCCGGCCUUGAAUUUUGAGUCGUUGAAGAAUCAGGUGAGUUUUGACAUUUUUUUGCUGUAAAAAUUAUAUGUAAAAUUGAGUUUGAUCAAUUGGCAUUACUGUAAAAUAAUUUUCAAAUAUUUUUUUUUUAUUUCGAGCUGCGCCCUAGUUUAGUGAUUUUUUUGAAAAAUAGAAAAGAUUACUCCAUUUUAGAGCUUUUGAAACUGAAUUUUACGAAAAUUAAUAAGAUUCUUUAUAUGAUUUUAGACGGCGAGCUGCGCCCUAGCUUCGUGAAACUCAUGAAAUUUUCAAGCCAGAGUAAUACGGAUUUCAUUAUAGACUCUGUAAUGUCAGUCAUGAGAAAAUUAACCAUUUUUUUGAUAAAUUUCAAGUUGGCGAACUGCGCCCGAGCUUAAAAAAAUUUUUGAAAUUUUGUAAUUACGGUAUUUUUAAAUCUGUUUUGAUCUCCAUAAAAGCCAAUUUUAGAAAAUUUUUUUAAUAGCUGAGAAUAUUUUUUGAUUUGCCGAGCUGCGCCCGAGCUUCAAAAAUUUUCGAAAUUUUGUAAUUACGGUAUUUAUUAAUGAAUUUUGAUCUCCAUUAAAGCCGAUUUAAAAAAAAAUUAUUAAUAAUUAAGUAUUUUUUGAUUUGCCGAGCUGCGCCCUAUCUUUUUUCUAAAUCAAUGGCUAUUCUUCUAGGUGAUGAUUGCGUUCCGCGGAGCCACCGAAAACGCCGUGAUGAACUGCCGAGAUUUGAUCGGAGGCGACAAUCUGAACCAUUUCGAGCCCCUCCUCAAACUGUUCGACGCCUUGCUGGUGAUCGGAAUGAUCACCGACGACGAAUUAAUCGAAGUUUUGACUCUCAUCCAUCCCAUCGCCUUCGACGAAAACUAUUCUCCCGGCACCACUACCAAAGGUUUGACCGAGAUCGAGCUUGCCGAAGGCGUGAAACUGCAAUUGGUCAACAUCUUGGACCAUAUCUGCGACAUCCAGCUAAGGCAUCGCGUGGAGAGUCUGAUCAGUUUUUCGGACGGGUUCGUUGGCGACUUGCAGGCCGACCAGUGUCAGCGCUACAUGGACAUCAAACAGACGGACAUGCCGCCGGCCGAGGCCGCCAAACGCACCAAGGAGUUCAGGUGCCCGCCCAAGGAACAGAUGUUUAGGUGAGAAUUUGAGGGAAUUUGUGAUUUUUUUGGCUUGAAAUUGUAUGAAACCAAUUUUUUAAAUAUAUUUUGGGUUAAAUGGCCCUUGAUCAGCAACUUUAACGCUUAUUUUUUCGAAAAAAUUCGAAAAAUAAGUUGGCGAGCUGCGCCCUAUAUUUUUGGAAAUUUUUUUUCUAAAGCUUUGCUGAUGUUGGUGGAAAGUUAGAAGGGCGUUUUUAGAGACGUAAUAAAGGUUUUUAGCUGGAAAUUUCAAGAAAUUACCAUGAUUUUUAGGGGGAAAAUUGAAAAAAAUUAAUUUUUUUGGACAGAAAAGGGGUUUUACUUCAAAUUUUGAUGAAAUUGAGAUGCUUCUACUCCAAAUUUUUAGUGGAAUUUUUUAAGACACAUUUGAGAAUUUUUAGCUGACGGUUUGUUGAAUUUUCCAAGAUUUUUUAAUCAAAAAAAAAAAUUUUUUUUUUGAUUUUCAAAUUGAAAAAUUGGAAUUUUGAAGUAAAUUUAGUGUGCAAUUUUAUACCCAAAAAAAAUUUUUUUAACCCGCCAUCAGAAUUUUUAAAUUAAAAAAUUGAUUUAAAACCGAUUUUUUUCUCACUUCAGACUCCUCAACUGCAAAAUAAAAGAGGAGAAAACGACGCCGCUGCUGGACGAGGACGUCGAAUACGACCAAUGCCCGAUGAGCGACCAGCUGCAAGAGCAGCUCCGCGAAUUCUGCAGCCUGCUGGUGGAGCGGAUCGGGUGCGGGAAGGCGGAGGAGGCGAGCCCGAAAGCCAUCGCCGCCGCCAAAGAGGACGACAAUUCGUGGGUGGACAACCUGGCGCAGCUGGUGGUGUCGGUGCCGCCGGCGCCCGAGACGCUGGACGAGAGUGUGGCGAAGCACGGGACCGAGAACUUCCGCCUGAUGAUCAUCGCCACGCUGAAGAAGUGGGCCGGCGAGUCGGAGAUCGAGUCCAACGAGCUGAUCCGCCGCAUCUUCAAGCUCCUCCUGAGGCAGUACACCGGCGUCCGCGAACUCAUCGACGCCAUGCAGCUGACCUACGUUCUCCACGACCGAAAUGUCAACGAUGUGGAGGCAUUUAUUGUGUACCUGAUGCAGAUCCGCGAACUUCUGCAGGUCCAGUUCGAGACCUAUGAGGAGGCGAUCCUGAAACGCGGCCUCUGGCAGUUGAUGAACAAUCGCAUAUUUUUCCAACACCCCGAUCUGAUGAGACUCCUCAGAGUCCACGAGGAUGUAAUGACGAUCAUGAUGAAUGUCCUCACCGCCCAACAGUCGGCCGCCGACAACGAUAUCGCCGAUGAAAGUGGGACCGCCACGAAUGUGAAGGAUGCCUCCGAAAUGGUCGUAGCAUGCUCGAGGUAAGAGAUUUUGACCUGAAAUUUUCUGUAGAUCAACUUGAGAGGGUUGGUUAUGAUUUGUAAUAUAGAAAUAGUGAAUAUCUGGAAAAAUAUCAGAGUUAUUACCGGGUGAAAAUUUAAUUUUUUGAAAAAUUGUGAAAAUUCCAAAUUUAUUGGAAAUUUUAAAUUUUAUGCAAAUUUUUUGAACUUUUUUGAUUUUUGAUAAGAACUCAAAUAAAUGAAUGUGUCAGCUAUAACGUGGCAAAAUUUCAUAGUCUGAGAUUUUUUGGUUGGCCAGUUAUGGGCCAAUUUUUGGAGAAAUCCAAAAAAUCUCCAAAAAAUUUUUUAGUUUUAAAUUUUAUGCAAAUUUUUUGAACUUUUUUGAUUUUAGAUAUGAAUUCAUAUGAUUGAAUGUGCGAGUUAUAACUUGGCUAAAUUUCAUAGUCUGAGAUUUAGUGGUUGGCCAGUUAUGGCCCAAUUUUUGGAGGCAUCCAAAAAUUUUGGUUUUUUUUUCUGGAAACUUUUUAUUUUUUGCAAUUCUCAAUUUUUUUCCUUUUCUUUACAUACCGAGAAAGAUUAUUGUCUGUGCUAUGAUCGAGGCGAAUUUCAUGAUCUGAGAUUUUUUGGCCAGCCAGUAGUGGGCCAAUUUUUGAGGUCAUCCAAAAAAACUCAAAAAAAAUUUUUUUUUGCUCAAUUUUAUUGCCAAAACUUGUGAAUGCUAUUAUAUUUCGCUUGCAGAUUCCUCUGCUACUUCUGCCGGACGUCGCGCAUGAACCAGAAGGCCAUGUUCGAGCACCUCUCCUUCCUGCUGGACAACGCGACGAUGCUGUUGGCGCGGCCGAGUCUGCGCGGCUCGGUGCCGCUGGACGUCGCCUACUCCUCCUUCAUGGACAACAACGAGCUGGCACUGGCGCUGAAGGAGGAGGAACUGGACAAGGUGACCAUCUACCUGAGCCGCUGCGGCCUCCAAUCCAACACCGAGCUGCUGGCGAAGGACUACCCCGACAUUGGCUGGGACCCGGUGGAGGGCGAGCGCUACCUCGACUUUCUCCGCUUCUGCGUCUGGAUCAACGGCGAAAACGUGGAGGAGAACGCGAAUUUGGUGAUCAGACUACUGAUCCGAAGGCCCGAAUGUCUGGGAGUCGCCUUGAAGGGCGAAGGCCAAGGGCUUUUCGCCGCUUUUAAGGAGGCAAUCGUCCUCUCCGAGGAUAUCAGAGCCCUCGAGGAAGGAGAAGACACUCAGUUCUUGCAUUCAACGAUUUUGAAAGAUCAUGGGUGAGGGAUUCGUUUUGGUUUUUAGAGAUUUUUUUUGGAAAUUUGUUGGGGAAAAACAGAUUUUUUUGGAGGAAAAAAUUUAAAUUUUUUUGGUCGAUUUUUAAUUAACAAAAACUGUAAAAUAAGGCCGAAAAUCAAGAAUUUCACUGAAUUAGAUCAAAAAAAAAAUUUUUUUUUUUGGCGGAAAGCUUCAUUUUCGGGAUGAAAAAUUGAUUUUUUAUAGGAAAAUUUAGAUUUUUUAGGUCGUUUUUUACCUAAAGUAAGGUCGAAAAUAAAGAAUUUUACUGAAGUAGGGCCAAAAAAAUGUUUUUUUUUGGCGGAAAACUUGAUUCUUGACGUGAAAAGAUUACUUUUUUGGCCGGGUUUUACCUAAAUUAAGGUCGAAAAUCAAAAAAAAAAAAAAAAAUCCAUCAAAAAAACUCACCAUUCGCUUUUCAGAAAGUACCCCGGCAAAGAGGUGGAGGGCGAGGACUACGUGGACCUGGGCGCCGCGAUCCUCGACUUCUACUCCUCGCUGGUGGACCUGCUGGCCAAGUGCGCGCCCGACCCGCUCACCAUCCAGGCGGGGAAGGGGGACAGCGUGCGCGCGCGCGCCAUCCUCCGCUCGCUGAUAUCGCUGGAGGACCUGGGCCGCAUCCUGGCGCUGCGCUUCACCAUCCCGAACCUGGCGCUGGCGUCGGCGGACGGUAAAGCCGCGCGUCCCGUCCCCUACUCAGGUGCUGUCCCGCCGCCGCUGCGCUGUCUGCCGCAGUUCAUUGACACUACUAACACCUUUGCCAACAUUGCCGCUAACCUCACCGCCCAGCUGAACGCGACGCAGCCGCAGCGCUUGGCACAUCCGCCAACCGCCCUUCAUUCGCGCCGUGUCCAGCUGCAGGCGGCCCGAUUGAGGCGUCAGUUCAGCCUGGAGACCUCGCCAACCCCGCCCGGCAAACAUCGAAAGUUUUGCAGUGUUGAUCAGGGCCUCCGCCGCCUCACGGAAGAGGAGACCGACGAGGAUGGAAGUGUUUAUGAGACCCCCAUGGCCUCACCCUUGUCCAGGAGGCGCGAGCCGGAGUAUAACUCGAAUGUUUUUUCCAUAAAAAAUCGAAAAAAAGGCUUCAGACAGCGGCGAUCUUCCUCUUGUAUGUGUAACAGGUCUUGUUGUGAUGUGUCGUAACGCUGGAUGUUGGAAUUCGACUCGAAAAAUUUGAGAUUUUUCAUCAAGAAAUUUUUAUGUUAUACUAGACGAGUGGUCGUGAAAUUUUGAUGUUUUUAACAAAAAUUUGUCCCUGUCCAAGUCUCAUUAAUGUCUAAGUGUCUCUAUUAGAUAGUUGACUAUAUAAAAAAGUGAUUUUUAGACAUGGGACCCCUGCCCGGACUCCUCCCCAACCAUAAACAGUCGAUCCUCCUCUUCCUGGACCGUGUCUACGGAAUCGACUCCCAAGAAAUGCUGAUGCACUUCCUCGAACAGAGCUUCCUGCCCGAUUUGAGGGCCGCCACAAUGAUGGAUUCGGUGGGGUUUUUGGGGGGUUUGGGAGGGGGGAGGGGGGGGCUAGUGUAAUAUAAAUUUUCGAGAUUUUUUUAAAUUUUUUGAGGGAAAUGGGGGUUUUUUGAAGGAAAGUUAAGUUUUUUUUUUUUAUAAAUUGAUUUAUUUUUUAUUUUUUUGCAACAUUUUUCAAAAAAUCCGAAAAAAAUAAAAAAAUUUUUUUUUAUUUUUCUUGGAAAACUGGAUUUUUUUGGUGAAAAUUUGAGUUUUUUGGCGUUAAAGAUUUUAUAAAUUGAUUGUUUUUUAUAUUUUUCAGUAACCUUUUUCAAAAAAUCCAAAAAUUUUUUUUUUCAAAAUUCCAAAAAAAAUUUUUUUUAAUUUUCGAAUAGUACUGGAUUUUUUGAAGGAAAAUUGAAGUUUUCGGCGUUAAAAGUUUUAUAAAUAACAUUUUUUUUAUUUUUCAGUAAUAUUUUUCAAAAAAUCCAAAAAAAAUUUUUUUUCCAGGAAAACUGGAAUUUUUUGGUGAAAAUUUGAGUUUUUUGGCAUUAAAAAUUUUAUAAAUUGAUGUUAUAUUUUAUUUUUCAUUGACAUUUUUAAAAAAACCAAAAAAAAAUUUUUUCGAAAUUUCAAUUUUUUUUUAUAUUUUCCUUUAAUUUCAGCCGCGCGCCCUGGAAAGUGACACGGCGUUGGCGUUGAACCGCUACCUCUGCAACGCCGUGCUGCCCCUGCUCACCAACCACUCGCACUUCUUCGCGGACGCGGAGCAUCACUCCGCCUUGCUGGAUGCGACGCUGCACACGGUCUACCGGAUGAAUCGGCUGCGUUCGCUGACCAAGAACCAACGCGACGCGGUCAGCGACUUUCUGGUGGCGCUGACGCGCGAAAUCCCGCCGGGAAUGAUGAUUAAGCUGUUGCGGAAGGUGAUUAUUGACAUCCAACAGAUGCACGAGAACGUGCUGGUCCCGCUGCGCAUCGUGACGCUGCAUUACGAGCGCUGCAACAAGUACUACGGCUCGGGCAACAGUUAUGGCGUGGCGACGGAGACGGAGAAGCGCCUGUCGAUGCUGUUGUUUUACGCCAUCUUCGACUCGUUGGGAUCCCAGCCCUAUGACCCGGAACUGUUCGGAAAAGCGCUGCCCUGCCUCACAGCCAUCGGAUCCGCCAUUUCGCCCGACUACGCCCUCACCAGCGGCAGCGAAAAACUCGAACUCGCCAAAGCCCAGGCCGAUGAAGGCGCAUGGGUCCCAAAACCCAUUGAUGACUCCAAAAUUGGACUCAACUCGGAUAUUAACAGCAUGGUCAACAAAUUCGCCGAACAUUUCCAUGACUCAUGGGCCUCAAGGAAGCUGGAAAAGGGAUGGACUCAAGGCGAGCUCUACUCGAGACAGGAACUCACCCAUCCGAGAUUGCUGCCCUUCAAGGAGUUGAAGGUGGGACGAGGGGGUUUUAGAGGUUUUAGAAUUGGGGAAAGGAUCUUUAAGGGGAAAUUGAGGGGUUUUUAGGGAUUUGUAUUGAAUUUUUUAGGGGUUUUUACUGGCUUGAAAAAGUUUUUUUAUAAUUUUUUUUUUUUUUUUUUGAAAAGUAAGGUGUGAUAGAAAGUACGCUAGUGAUUUUCAGUAAAAAAAUUACAAUUUUUUUUUAUUUCAGAACUUCGAAUUUUCAGAAAAAUUUUAAAAUUUUCAAAUUUUUUUGUGUUUUUUUCUUUUUUUUUGAAAAAUGGUUUGAUAGAAAGCAGUAAAAUCAAAAAAAUUUUUCUUCGGAACCUCGAUUUUUUAAAAAAAUUUUUAAUUUUGAAAUUUUUUUAUAUAUUUUUUUCAUAUUUUUUUUUUUGAAAAAUGUGGCGAUUGUCAGAAAAAUCAUAUUUUUUUUAUUUCAUAACCUCGAUUUUUUCAAAAAAAAUUUAAAAUUUUCAAAAAUUUUUUUUUGAUUUUCAACCUUCCAACAGUAACUUUAUGUAUUACAUAGUAUUCUGAAUAGACCUUAGAUCUUUUCAACCAUGAUUUCAACCCCAAAAACUCGCAAUUUCCAGGAGUACGAACGCGACUUCUACAAGGAGCGCUGCGCCGAAUGUCUGCGCGCGCUGCUCGCGUGGAACGUGAACUUCGAACUGGUGGAUCAUGACGCGAACGAGAAGGCGAAUCAGGCGCGAACCGCGAGUGCCUACCACGGCGGCGACUACAACCCGAAACCCAUCGAUCUGUCGAACAUGACGCUGGAGAAGGAGAUGCUGAACAUGGCGGAGCGGAUGGCCGAGAACUCGCACAACAUCUGGGCCAAGAAGACGUUCCACGAGCUGGGCAGCAACCAGGGCGCGAACAUGCCGCUAACUCUGGUCCCAUGGGACUUGUUGACGGACUUUGAGCGGCGCAAGAAUCGGUUCCGCGCGCAGGAAAUCCUCAAAUUCUUCCAAUAUCAUGGCUAUCGCAUGAGCAUCGACGAUCCGGCCGAGGACCGCGUCGAGCGCAUCAAAACCGAGGGCGAGCGCAGCUCCGUGGAGAAGCGGUUCGCCUUCAACCUGCUGGAGAAGCUCCUGCAGUACCUGGAACAGGCCAGUUUCCGCAUGAAGUCCGUGAAGCCCUCCGAAGAGCUCACCCGCCGCAACUCCUUCAAAAAGGAGGGCCAGGACGUCAAGUUCUUCGAGAAGGUGGUCCUCCCCCUCAUUCACGCCUACUUCAACGCGCACAAGAACUACUUCCUCGCCAGCAGCUCCAUCGUCCAGACCGGCAUGGCCUCGAACAAGGAGAAGGAGAUGGUCGCGAACCUGUUUUGCCGAUUGGCAGCUCUUUUGCGCAUCAAAAAUCAUGCCUUUGGCAGUGUGGCGAAGAUCACGGUCAAGUGCUUGCAGGUGGGCCGGAUUUUGCGGUUUUUUGGAGGGGAUUUUUUUAUGAUUUUUAUGUGGGUUUUUUAGAAAAAAUUGCCUAAAAAAAUUGGGAUUUUUUAGAUGGGGGUUUUUUUUUUGAUUUUUUGACAAAAAUUUUUAAAUUUUUUAUUGAUUUUUUUGGGAUUUUUUAAUCAAAAAUUGAAGAUUUUUUUUGGUAAAAAUUCCGUUCUUGGCAGAGAAUUUUUAAUUCGUUUUUUUUUUGGGAUUUGCGUCAGAUUUUUUUCAUUUCUUUUUUUGACGUCUCAGCAGUAGAAGUCGUAUUUUAAAAUCCAUUUUUUUAAACAUUUUCCCUUCUAAAAUUAAAAUUUUUGCACUUUUUUUAGUGACGGAGCUGACCCAGUGGCCAAAAACGUGCCAUUUUGCGCCCGGGAAGCAUCAAAAAUGUAGUAAAAUGUUUCCACUCCAAGCGAAAAAACUCCGUUUUGAAGGGCGCGCGUUUGAAAUCGGAUUAAAAAAAAUUUGGGAUUUUUUGGAUGGAAUUUAUUUUUUUGAUUUUUUGGCGGAAAUUUUUUUUAUUUUUUAUUGAUUUUUUUGGGAUUUUUUAAUUUAAAAUUGAAUAUUUUUUGGUAAAAAUUCGGUCUUGGCGAGAGAAUUUGCUUAAAAUUUCGAAAAAAUAAAAAAAAAUCUUUGAAGCAGAUUUUUUUAACGAAAAAAGUAACUUUCAAAAUUAAAAAAAUCUUUUUCAGGGCCUAACUCAAGCGCUCGACCUGCGAACACUCGUCAAAAUCAACUCGGAUAUUGUGCGGACCGGGCUUUUGACCUUCUUCAACAACUGCGCGGACGAUUUGUUCGCGGCGGUCAAGGAGCUGAAAGAGAACGGGCAAUACGCGCUGCUGCGCGGAGACAACCUGCGCUCGUGGAUCUCGCUGGAGUUCGCGUACCAGAUGAUCAUCCCCGUCCUGACCACGAUGUUCCUGCACCUGGCCAAGAACCAUUUUGGGACGGACUUGUUGCUGGACGACAUCCAGGCCGCCUGCUACAAGAUGCUCGACUCCAUGUACAUGGUCACCACGCUCAGCCAGAACUACCAGCACCGCCGCAGCAUCCAGUACGAGGUGGAGAAGCACCGCUCCGGCCUCGGGCAAUGCCUCAGCGCCUUCGCCAGCUGCUUCCCGGUCGCCUUCUUGGAGGCCGAAUUCAACAACAACAACAAGUUCUCGGUCCUCGCCAAAUCACAAGAUGCCUCCGUACAGGUGCAGGAAAUGCUCCAGAAUUUGAGUCAGCACAUCCCCGAACUCGAGAAAUUACUCGUGAAGAUUGAGACAACCGCCGAGAACAGCACCAUCUAUCAAGACGCACCCAAUGUCUAUGAUGUGGAUCUGCCAUUGUUGUGCAGUUAUUUGGCGUAUUGGUGGCAAUUGGGCCCCGAUGGACCGAAUCGAACACCGUAAGCGAGAUUUUUGGUGUUUUAGGGAGUAAAAAAAAUUUUUUUUUUUGAAUUUUUAAAAUUUUUGAUUUUUUUUUUUUUUGAAAAAUCUUGUUUGUUGGCAUUUUUUGGUAUGAAAAUGGGGGUUUUCUUUAUUUUAGGUGUUGAAAAAAUUUGAAUUUUUUCGAUUUUUUGGGAGAAAAUCAAAAUUUUUUUGAUUUUUUUUCAAAAAAUCUUGUUUUUGUUGAGAAAAAAAUAUUUUUUUUUGCAUUUUUUGGUUUAAAAAUAAGAUUUUUCAUUAUUUUAGGUAUAAAAAAUUUUGAAUUUUUCGGAUUUUCUGGAUAAAAAUCAAAAAAAUUUUUUUUUGAUUUUUUAAUUUUUUGAAUUUUUUUCCAAAAAAUCUUGUUUUUUUGCAUUUUUUUUGGUGUAAAAAUGGGCGUUUUCAUUAUCUUAGGUAUUAAAAAAUUUUUAAUUUUUUCGAUUUUUUUUGAGUAAAAACCAAAAAAAUUUUUAUAUAGUAAUUACUAUAGCUUUUAGCGAUUCGAAAUCAAUUUUAAAUCCCUGUUUUGGCCAAAAAAAUUUUGCUUUAUGAAAUUUGAUUUCCCAAAAAAUUAACCCAAAAUUUUCAGCCUAACAACCACAAUGGUGAACAGCGAACACAUGAACCGAAUCUUCUGCGCGCUGCUGAAGGUGAUGCGCGAACACAUCGGAGUGGAGAAUGCCCCAUGGCUUUGCAGGGUGAAUUGUGAGUUUUAUUUUUACAUUUCAUGUUUUGGCAAUGCAAAAAAAAAUUUUUUUUUUGUUUUAUUUUAUUUUUUUUUCUAUUUUCAUUUCUAUUUUUUUUAUUUUUUUUUUAGAAUUUUUUGAAAUUUCCAGUCUUUUCUUUUUUUUUAUUCUUUUUGUUUUUUUUUUUUUUUUUUAAUUUUUUUAAUUUUUUUUUAAUUCCAAUUUCUCGAAAUUUGCAGUCUUCGCCGUGCAAAUCAUCCAGUUCGUGACGUGCGACCCGGUGAAGGACUACAUGCUGCCGAUCGCCGAGCGCCUCCGCUCCCUCUCCGAGAAGGCGUACAAGGAGGAGGAGCGGAUGCGCACCCACCCCGACGACGCCGACGAAGGCACCGUGGCGGAGGACAACGCGCGCCUCGUGCGCGACGUGUACGCCUUCUUCCCCAUCCUCAUGAAGUACACGGACCUGCACCGCGCCAAGUGGCUCAAGUCCCCCACCUGGGAGUCGGACGGGGUCUACGAGAACGUGGCCGUCAUCUUCAAGAUCUGGUCCUUCUCCCAGCACUUCAAACGCGAAGAGCUGAACUACAUGGCGCAGUUCGAGGAGGACGCCCAAAUGGUCGGCGGCGGCGAAAUGAAGACCGGCAAGGCGGCCAUUGCGGAGAGGAAGAAGAAACGAAGGGAGGGACAGGUAGGAGGGGUUUUUGGGUGGGGUAAGGGGGGAUCGGGAAAAAUUUGUUAGAAAAAUGGAUUUUUUUAAAAUUUUUUGGUCUCUAUAUUAGACUUUGAGAAAAAUUUUGGGAAAAAUUUAGGGUGUGGUAGGGGGGGGGACCAAGGGAAAUUUUGUCCUAAAAAGAGCUUUUGGGGCUUCGGUAGUUGAGCCCCCCACGAAAGGUAUUUCAAACCCCCACUGUUUUGCCCGUUUCACACCCCACAUAAUGAACAAAUUAGAAUAAUACAAAAAAUGUAAGUGGCACGUCAAUCCAAAAUAGAAGAAAAAAUUUCCCGCCCCUUUUUUGGUGAUUCGUUCAAAAUCCGAUAAAACGCAUUUUCUUAUCUUUCUUCUUUCUUUUCGAGAAAAAAACAAUUAUUUCGGGCGAGAAAAAGUGCCGAUAAUUUCGCGACAUUUCGUCUCUCUUUUAAACCAAUGAAAACGGUACGAAGUUUCGAAACGGUUCAGGAAAUGCGCUGGAUUGACGUGAGUGGGGGUUUGAUCUACUACGUUGGGGGUUUAAUCUAAAACGUAGGGGGCUUUUUCUAAAACGGAGGGGGCUUCAUCUAAAACGUAGGGGGCUUGAUCUAAAACGUAGGUGGCUUGUGCUGGACCAUACCACUUGGAUUAAUUCUUUGAAAUAAAUUUUGGGGUUUGGAAUGGACGAGGGGGUUUGUACUGGGUCAUGGGGGGCUAAACUGGACUGGGGGGCUGUACUACCUUAGCCCCGAGCUUUUUAUAACCUUUUGGGUUGAAUAUUGGGUUUUCAGGGAAAUUUUGGAAAAAUUUAGGGUGUGGUAAGGGGUGAUCGAGGGAAAUUUUGUUAGAAAAAUGGGAUUUUAUUUUAUUUUUUGUGCGGUGUAUUGCAUUUUGUGGAAAUUUUGGGAAAUAUUUGGGGUGUGGUAAGGGGGACCCAAAAAGUUGAUGGAAAAAUGGGAUUUUUUAAAAUUUUUUGGACUCAGUAUUGAGUUUUGAGGGAAAUUUUAACAAAAAUUUGGGGUGUGGUAAGGGGGGACCAAGGGAAGUUUUGUUCGAAAAUGGAUUUUUUUAAAUUUUUUGGCUGAAUAUUGUGUUUUGAGGAAAUUAAGGGGAAAAUUUAGGCUUUGGUAAAAGGGAUCAUAACAAAUUUUGUUAGAAAAAUGAGAUUUUUUUGAUUUUUUUGGACUUAAUAUUGGCUUUUGACGAAACUUUGGGGGAAAUUGUUGGGUGUGGUAAGGGGGGGGACAAAAAAAUUAAUGGAAAAAUGGGAUUUUUUUUUAUUUUUUUGUGCUGUAUAUUGGAUUUUGAGGGAGUUUUAUGAAGAAAUUGUGGGUAUGGUAAAAGGGGACCUGAUUUUUUUAUGAAAAACUUGAUUUUUAUGACUUUUUAGGUCUUAAGAAUAUGUUUUUAUGGAAUUUUUGAGAAAAAUCUAGGGUUAGGCAAGGGGGGACCAAAAAAUUUAGGCUUAAUUUUCGACUUUAUUUUCCCAUUUUCAGGUCAAAAAAGACAAGCACGCCAACAGCAUAGUCAUAGCUUGCCUGAAACGUCUUCUUCCCGUCGGUUUGAACGUGUUCGGCGGCCGCGAACUGGACAUUGUCCAGCAGUGCAAAGAGCGUUUCCUGGCCAAGGAAUCGGAGGAAAAAACUCGCGAAUUCAUCCGCGAACUGCUCGACGUCCCCGUGAAAACCGAUCCCACCGACAAGAACUCGUGGCAGCUGAACUUGUACAAGAAAAUCGGGAAAAGUCAGAUGCGCGGCAAGGAGGAGAUGACCCAGGAGGCGGUGGUCGAAAAAAUCUCCAACAUGGGCCAAGUGGUCGCCAUCCUGCACGCGGUAGGUGGCUUACAAUACGACUAACAGUCGUCGGUUGAUGUUUUUUCCGUCCCCGGAUUUUGGGCGUGGCCGAAAGAAAGACGAAUUUUGAGAUUUUUUGAGGAUUAAAUUCGAGAUUUUCGAGGUUUUUUAAAGUUGGGAAAAAAGUGUUUUAUUGAUUUUUAGAAACGGAAAAAAUUUUUUGGAUCCCUUUUUCAGGGCAUUAGCUUGGGUUUGAACAGAAAAAGGAGGUUAGUUUUUAUCUAUGGUACCCUGAAUUUUGAGAUUUUUUGACGGCCAAAUUUGGGAUUUUUGAGGUUUUUAAUUUGGAAAAAAAGUAGUCUGGUGAUUUUUUGAAAUCGAAAAAAAUUGGAUAUCUUUUUUAGGGCAUUAGCUUGGUUUUGAACAGAAAAGGAGGCUAAUUUUUGUGUCUAGUCGCCUGAAUUUUGAGAUUUUUUUACGACCAAAUUUGGGAUUUUUGAGGCUUUGGUGAUUUUUUCAAACGGAAAAAAUUUUUUGGAUCCCUUUUUUAGGGCAUUAACUUGGUUUUGAGCAGAAAAAAGAAGUUAGUUUUUACCUCUGGUCGCCUGAAUUUUGAGAUUUUUUGACGGCCAAAUUUGGGAUUUUUGAAUUUUUUUAAGGUUGAAAAAAAAGGUAUUUUGGUGAUUUUUAGAAACGGAAAAAAUUUUUUGGAUCCCUUUUUUAGGGCAUUAGCUUGGGUUUGAGCAGAAAAAAGUAGUUAGGUUUUACCUCUUUUCUCUUGAAUUUUGAGAUUUUUUGGGUCGGAAAUCCUGAAUUUUUCAACUUUUUUAAAGUUGCAAAAAACAUUAGUAGUAAUUUGAAAAACCCGAAAAAAGUUUUUAAAUCCCUGCCAGAGGCUGUAAAUUUUAUUUUGAGCCAAAAAUUUUUAACUUUUUUUAUUGCUACAACCCUGAAAUUUGAGAUUUUUUGAACAAAACCCAAAGAAAAAAUUGUUUCCAAAAACUUUCGUCCUUUUUUCCCCCCACCGAAAUCGCUAUGUUGAUGUUGUAAAUGGCGAACGUGGUUUGUUUGUCCGGUAUAUCGUCGCUGUCUUUGUAGAUUACUCGUUUGCGUUCGUACGAAUUUUUCCGCCGCUUCGCCGUUUCCCACCACGGCCCACAUAAGGCGAUCGCGCAGGUUUGUCCAUGUUUUUUUUGUUCGGCACCUAGGCUGAGAGGGGUGGGAUACGGGUUUUUGAGGGAAUCCGAUGCUAACUAUAGUUUUAUUUAUGCAAAAAAUUUGAUUAAUUUUUGGGCUGCCAAAAUUUUUUAAAAUUGAAAUUUUUCAAAAACUCCUGUAACAAUUUGGUUGAAAAUUACAGUACACUUUCUUGACAGUAGGUUCUCAAUUCUGAACGACGGAUUUUUAAUUUGCGCCCUCAGGGUUCAAUUUAUGGCCCAAAAUAAAAUUUUGGCGGAAUUGGCAGCAUUUUUUUUGAAACUUUUAUAACUUUUUGCCUGAGGCAACGAAAUUUAAUAUGACUCUAGAAUAGUGAAAUAUAUACUAUCACUGUUCUACAUUUUCAUUUUUGCUGACAUUGGACAAGAAACUUUCGAGUUAUCGCCAAAUUUUUGGAAUGUCCCAUCUAGUGAUCAAGUAUAAUAUUUUUUGAAGUUUUUACCCUUGUUUGGCCCAUAAUCUGGCCUCGGAAGCCUUUAGAAUAGGAUCUGCGGUCCCUGAGCUUUCUCCGUGUAGCCUGUGUAUGCCCGCACCGGCUCCGUUUCCCAUCGCACAACGCCCAUUUUUAGGUGGAGCACCCACUGAAUGCGUCCGCCUCGGCCUGGAAGAAGAUGCUGUCGAAUCAACGGAAGCGCGCGGUGGUCGCCUGCUUCCGCAUGGUGCCCAUCUACAGUUUCCCGAAGUACGUGCUCCCCCCACCGCUGUCUGUUCGUGUGUGUGUGUGUGUGUGUGCGGUGCCCGUAUUUUUUCCGACCUUUUUUUAAUUUACCUUGUACCUAACCUUUUCUUUGCGACGAAAAAACGGCCGAUUAACAAACGAAACUUUCGUGUAGGUCACCUCGAAAAUGGAGAAGGAGGACCGCUGGAAGAAGGUGCUCACCCUGCAACGCAAACGCAUGGCCAUCUCCCUCAUCACCGCCAGCCAUCUGUAUAAGGUGGAAAAGUAAGGUUUGAAGGGGAAAAUCAGUAACAAAUUGUUUGAAUUUUGAAUAUUUUUGGAAGGAAAAAGUAGUUUUAGUUAGUUGUAGUACCAUAAGCAGUGGUUUGGAGGUCAAAUUGGAGAAAAAAUUAAAUUUUUUUUUUAAAAAUUUUUUUUGAGGGUACCUAGUGUAAUAUAGAUUUUUUGAAUUUUUUUGGGUCAAUUGGUAUUCCAAAUUUUUAGUCAUAGCUUGAAAUGUAUUUUAGGACUGAUAUUAAGGGCUGUUGCACCGAAAUUUAACCAAAAAUAUCAAAUUUUCAUCCAAUGUCACCUAGUGUAAUAUAAUUUUUUGGUUUUUUGUCUCUGAUAAGCCAUUUUAUUGGAUGGAAAAAAUUUCUGAUAGAUUUUUAUGAACUUACAGAGCUUAUUUAUCAAUUUCCGAUGUUGAAAAUUGGUUAAAACAAAUUUUUUUUAUUUUUUUUCAAAAAAAUUAUUGUCUAAAAUCAUGUCCAAACAUGGAAAAAAUUUAAUUUUGCUUCUGACUCGGUUGCCUCUUCUACUUUACAAACGCUUAGCUUCUUUGGUUUACCAUGUAUUUUCGAUUUCAUUCAUCAUGUACAAGAUGUUCGUAUCUUACACAUGACGAGUAACCACAAAUACUCCCCCUUUUUGGCGUGUCUGAGGUGCCAACCGAAGUACACUGAAGCAAUUUACAAGUUUAUGGAGCUAUUUUAGACAUCGAGGCAUCAAUUUCUUCAUGCCGGCCUUCAGCAAGCUGUGGCUGAACGAAGAAGACGUCGGAAAGGACCGGUUGGUGGCGGAUAUUUGCGUAAGUUUUGCCGAAGGUUGGAGUAGAUUUAGAGUAAAAGUUUUGGAGAGAUUUUUGAGGGUUUUGGUCGUGCGAAAAAAUUGAGAUUUUUUGGUCGAAAAUUGAAAAAAAAAAAAUUUUUUGAAGUUGAAAAAAUUAUUGUUGGUUAUGAAUGGAGAGUGUAAUAUUUCGGCAGAAAAAAAUUUUAAAUGGAUAACCAUACUUGUUUUCGUAUUUUACCAUCGAUUUUUUUUGAAUUUUUCAUUUUCCCGCCAAAUUUUUGAAUCUUUGGCAUUCUGUUGCAAGCUCUGAAAAUUGCGAAUUUUUGUGUAAAAAAAGUAUUUUUCAUUGAAAAAAUACUUUUUUCAUCGAAAAAAUACUUUUUUUCAUUGAAAAAAUACUUUUUUUCAUUGAAAAAAUACUUUUUUUCAUUGAAAAAAUACUUUUUUUAAUCAUAAAAAAUUUCAAUUUUCAGGGAGAUGCCGAGGAAUCGGAGAACACGGCGUUCAUGAUCGUCGAAGACGAGACCGGCAUGCUGAAGCUGGAGGAAGGCGCAAGCGGCACGGAAGAGCGCCCCACCACCAAACCCGACGCCCUCCGCCAACUCAUCCAAUGCUUCCAGCGGGCCGCCACGUCCGAGGAGAACCAGGCGGUCGCCAUCUCCGACGACACGCUCUACGUGAACUACGCGGACGUCAUGGCGCAGUCCGUCCACCUGGAAGACGAUGACGACGGCGACGACGAAGAAGUGGACCAGGCCGAAAAGGAGGAGAUGGCCCAAGCGCUGCGCGCCGAACAAGCCAUUCUGGCGGACCGCGGCGCCGCCAUCAUGUGCCUCAUGUACCUGAGCGCGAGCAACGGCGAACCCACCGAGAUGGUCGCCCAAACCCUCCAGCUCGGCAUCCACCUGUUGUCGGGCGGCAACAAGGACAUCCAGAAGAUCCUCAUCGACUACCUGCAGCUGAAGAAAGACGUCCGUUUCUUCACCUCCCUGUCCACCUUGAUGGGCCGCUGCUCGGUACUGAACUUGGAGAUGUUCGAGCGACAGAUCAAGGCCGAAGGCCUGGGAAUGGGCGCCGAACUGGCGGCCGGCGAUCAUCAGAACUUGAAUGAUGCCGAUUUCACCUGCAGCUUGUUCAGGUUCCUUCAGCUGACUUGUGAAGGACAUAACUUGGACUUCCAGGUAAUGUAAUGGAAAAUAAAGCGGUUUAGGUUGGUUUUUGAUUUUAGAAAGGGUGAAAAUCAUCAUUAACAGGGCAUUUACAACGAUUCUUGUGCGAUUUUCUGAAGGAAAAUUCAAAUUUUUGUUUUCCCGCCAAAAUUUUAAAAUCGUUGGCAUUGUGUUUCAUGGCCAAAAAUUUAUUAUCUGGGCUUUUCCAAGGUUUCCAGAGCAAUUUAAUAAAGUUUUUGAGCAGAUUUUGUGAAUAAAAAUUCAAACUUUUAUUUUCCCGCCAAAAUUUAAAAUGCUUUGGCAUUGUGUUUCAUGGCCAAAAAAUUGACGAAAAAUUAGAGUUAGUGAAUUUUGAGAGCGUUUUUGUUUAGUCGAUGCAUUUUUGUAUGUUUGUGGAUUAAAAAUAGACUAAAGACAGGCCAAGAUAUUAUCCUACCCAUCUAAAAUCCCGUUUCCAGAACUACCUCCGUUCCCAAACCGGGCACACCACCAGUGUGAACCUGAUCAUCUCCACGGUCGACUACCUUCUCCGACUCCAAGAAUCGGUCAUGGACUUUUACUGGCAUUACAGCAGCAAGGAAGUGAUUGAUGAAGGAGGAAAGGAGUACUUUUUGCGGGCAAUCCGAGUCUGCAGCCAGGUUUUCAACACCUUGACGGAGUCGAUUCAAGGCCCUUGUGUGGGAAAUCAAAUGACCUUGGCCAAUUCGAGGUGAGAGUCGGGAUUUUUUUUUUGAAAAAAUUUUUUGAUUGCACGGUGCGAAAUAAUUUAUUUUUUGAUUGCACAGUGCGGAAAUUUGUUUUUGUUUGAUUUGCACUGUGCGAAUUUUUUUUGAUUUGCACUGUGCGAAUUUUUUUGGUCUGCACCGUGCGAAAUUUUUUUUGUUUGGUUUGCACAGUGCGAAAGUUUUUUUUUCUUUUGCACAGUGCAAAAAUUUUAUUUUCUUGAUUUUGCACGGUGCGAAGUUUUUAUUUCUGAUUGCACAGUGCGAAAAAUUCAUUUUUGACUGCACAGUGCAAAAAUUUUUGUUUCUGUUUGCACGGUGCGAAAGUUUUUUUUGUUUUGCACUGUGCGAAAAAUUCAUUUUUGAUUUGCACUGUGCGAAAAAAUUAUUUUUGAUCUGCGCUGUGCGAAAAUUUUGUUUUUGUUUGCACAGUGCGAAAUUAAAUUUCCCCCAAAAAAGUCAUUUUUGACGUUUUUUUACGGAUAAAAAAAUAAAUUUUGGAGAACUUGGACUUGGAAAAAACUCUAUAAAAAAUUUAUAUCCGCAUUUUAGCUGUAAAACCACGAUUUUUCAGAUUAUGGGACGCCAUAAACGGAUUUUUCUUCCUCUUUGCCCAUAUGAUGGAGAAACUGUACAAGAACAGCACUCAACUCGAGCUGCUCAGAGAAUUUUUGAACUUGCAAAAAGACAUGAUCGUUUUGAUGUUGUCCAUGCUGGAAGGAAAUGUUUUGAAUGGACCGAUUGGAAAGCAAAUGGUGGAUGCGCUGGUGGAAAGUCAGCAAUGUGUUGAGAUGAUCUUGAAAUUCUCGGACAUGUUCUUGAAGUUGAAGGAUUUGACGACCAGUCAGGCUUUCCAGGUGAGAAGAAGUGAUAUUUUUUGAAUUUUCAACUUUCCCGCCAAAUUUUUCAAUGUUUGGCAUUCUGUUGCAAGGACUUGAAAUUGAUGGAAAUUGUGAAAACAUGGAUAGACAAUGUUUGCUGCCGUAUUUUACCAUCUUUUUUCGAAUUUUUUAUUUUCCCGCCAAUUUUUUAAAUGUUUGGCAUUCUGUUGCAAGGACUUGAAAUUUAUGGAAAAUGUGAAAAAACAGAACUCAGCAGGUUUUCUCUCAUAUUUUACCAUCGAUUUUUUUGAAUUUUUAAUUUUCCCGCCAAAUUUUUAAAUCUUUGGCAUUCUGUUUCAAGGGCUGAAAAGUGCUCAAAAAUGGUUUUUGCGAGGUCAGAACGAAAUAUAAAUGUAUUUUAGCUGCUUUUUUGGUUUGUCACUUCAAAAUAUUAUCUUACUUUAGCUGGAGCAGUCAUUUUUUUUGAUUUUUGAUUUUUUGAAGUUUCUGUGGCCUAAAAUUACCGCUCAAAAAGAUGUCGAAAUUGCCUUAGGACCCUGAAAAUUUUAUUUAGAAAGUGUAAAGCUAUUGUGGUUACUGUAACAUCAUUUUUUUUUAAUUUUGAAAUUUCUCGAACUUCCACAAAAAACCCGAAAUUCCAGGACUUUGACACGAACCGCGACGGCUGGAUCUCGCCGAAAGAGUUCCAGCGCGCCAUGGAGCAGCAGAAAAUGUAUUCGGUGGAGGAGAUCACGUACCUGAUGAUGUGCACCGACGUCAACAACGACGGCAAGGUGGACUACAUGGAGUUCACGGAGCGCUUCCACAACCCCGCCCGCGACAUCGGCUUCAACCUGGCCGUCCUCCUCACCAACCUGAAGGAGCACAUCACGAACGACCCGCGGCUGGAGAAAAUCGUCGAAAAAGCCAGCUCCUUGCUCGAGUAUUUCGACCCGUUCCUGGGCCGCAUCGAAAUCAUGGGCUCCUCGAAGCGCGUGGAGAAGAUCUACUUCGAAAUCCAGGAGAGCUGGCUGGAGCAGUGGUCCAAACAACAGAUCCGCGACUCCAAAAACGCCUUCUUGUUCAAUGUUUUGCAGGUAGGGGGAUAGAAAAAUUUGAAAUUUUUGUGCAUGAAACUUGACGUAAAUUUAGAAUAUGAGUGUAUAAGGAAUAAGUAAAAAUUUUUUACUCGCGCUUUGCAGAAACUAUCGAGAUUUUUUAGGCCGAAAGUUCAAAAAAUUUCGAUUUUUUUUUUUGGUUUUUUUGGAUUUUUGACAUAAAAAUGUCAUGUGUUUCUGCGUAACGUGGAUUAAAAAUGUCAGAUUAGAAAAUAUUUAAACUUGUGCCGAGUUUUGUCAAGUUUUUAAAAUUUGAUUUUUUUUUAUUUUUUUUUAGCACUGUGCAAAAUUUUCCGAAAAUUUUCGCACCGUGCGAGAAACCAAAAUUUUAUUUGCACUGUGCAAAAACGAAAAAAAUUUUUUGCACUGUGCAAAAAACCAAAUUUUUUUUGCACUGUGCAGAUACGGAAAAAUUUUUUUUGCACUGUGCAAAAUACUCCAAAUAUUUUUGCACCGUGCGAGAAACAAAAAAAAAUUUUUUGCACUGUGCAAAAUUUCCGAAAAUUUUGGCACUGUGCAAAAAUCCAAUUUCCAAAAAAAACAUUUUUUUUCAGGAUGACGGUGGAGAUCAAGGAAAACUCGAGGCGUUUAUCAAUUUCUGUGAAGACACAAUCUUCGAAAUGCAACACGCCGCCGAGAUCUCGUCCGGCGACUCCUCCGACUCCAAGGUGGAACGCGCCAUGAAGCAAAGAGACUACUUUUUGCAGCAAACCACCGCCGGCCAACAAAUCUCCAAGACGCUGCAACGCGGCUACGACUACGGCAUCUCGGCGGCGGAGGCGCUGAAACCCGCGAACAUGAACAAAACGAUCAAACUGGCCCUGCAGAAGUUCCGCACCAUGACCUGGGCGCAGCUGCUGGUGGAGCUGCUCAAAUUCGGCUUCAAACUGGGCAAAGGCGCCGUCCUUUUGCUCUGGUUCUUUGUCUGCACGAUGGGCAGAUUCGCCUACUACCUAACGUCGCCCGAAUACGAGGAUGAGGAGGCGAAGAAGCGCGUGGAAAACGUGCAACAAGAACAGACCGCCUUCGGCCAACACCACAACUUUCCCACCUUCUUCCCCACCGCCAGUGCGCAUCGCAAUGUGGACGCGUUUGGCGUACAUAUAUCCCAUGAUGAGAUGAAUGGAAUCCCGCCGGAUAUCGUGGAGGACGAGCCCACCGAACCCAAGGAGAACAGCUCCAACGGCGAGAUCCCCGAAGACCCAAGACCCAACGGAAAUGUGUAUUCGGAGACCCCCACCGAGGACGACGCCUUCUUGAAGGUACCGCAAAGGGAGCAGAAGAGACCCAGGUAUGUUGUGGUAAAAGGAUUUGGGGAUAGGAAGCGAGAUGGAUAUUAGACUGGAGGUUUUGGAUAUUAGACUGGAGGUCAAGUGUAAUAUCCAAAAAAUAGGAUUUUUAAAGAGUUUUAUGGUUGAUUAGGCAGUAGAAUUGGUCUUAUUGGAUAUGUAGAGGUUGCUAAGGCGAUAUAUUGGCGAAAGAUUUGGAUUUUAGAGUUUUCAUGUUUUCGUGGUGGGACUCAAAUUUUUUGAAAGAUUUAUUGAAAAUCAAGUUUUUUUGGGGUUUUGAAGAUUUAUGAAUUUUUAUUGUUUUCGUGAUGGGACUCAAAUUUUUGAAAAAAUUAUUUAAAAUCAAGUUUUUUGGGGUUUAAAAUGUUUUGGGAGCCAGUAGCAGUGUAAAAAAGUUAUUUUCAAAGGUUUAAAAUUUUUAAUUGUUUUCGUGGUGGGACCGGACUUGAAAAAAAUUUGUUGAAAUUUUUGGCCUAAAAUAAUGUUGAGUGAUGCAGUUGGAUGCUGAAGGAAGGAAAAUAUCGUUUUCAGCGUCUACGACACGCAAUCCUUUGCGUCAGCGCAAGCGCCGGUCGCCAGCGUUUCGGGCGUCCACUCCGAAGACCUCGACCAUCAUCCCUCCCCGUAUUACGAACCCAAAAUCGCCGAGCAAAUGGGUCUACGAUCAAAAGGCUCGGUGAUGAACGUAUUGGCGAGAAAUUUCAAAACCAUCGAGAAGAUCACGCUAUACUUGGCCUUCUUUAUCAAUGUCAUCCUUUUGUUCCAUCGCGUGGACAUUGCCAUGAAUCCAGACCGCGACGAGGAGGAGGACGAUGACGCCGACGACGAUGAUGACACCGUAGACGAAGUUAUGGAGAGUAUUUACAUUGCUGGAAUGAUCAUACCGUACUUUGCAUAUGAAAUCACGGGAUGGCUUCUGGCUCAGGUAGGAUAAUAUAAAAAAUUUUGGAUUUCAUAGUGAUUUUGGGCUUUUUUAGGGGGUUUAGAGAUAGUAAGUGAAAAAAAAGAAAAAAAUUUUUGUUUUGCAAUUUUUUGAUUUGAGUUUUUUGAUGAAAUUUUAGGGUUUUCGAGAUAUUUUUUGCAAUUUUUAGAGCUUUUUUUCGUUUUUUCGAAAUUUUUUGAUAUUUUCGAUUAAAAUUUAAUAUUAUUUUCACUUUAGUAAGAAUGAAAUUUCAUUAGCUUUCAUCACAACCCUCUUUUGAGUACUAAUUUUGCCAACAAAAUUGAGAUUUUUACGAUUUUUUAAAAUUUUUUUCUCAAAUUUUCCCUCAAAAUUUGAACUUGAAAAAAAUAAUUUUUUCAAAUAAAAAAUUUGAAUUCAAGAUUUUAAAUUCCUUUUUCAGGUCCUCUACUGGCUGAGCGUCAUGCACGCGGUGACCUCAUUCGCCCUGCUCAUCGCGUUUUAUCAGCUGAAAAUCCCGUUGAUCACCUUCAAACGCGAGAAAGAGGUGGCCCGAAAACUCAUGUUUGACGGCUGCUGGAUCACGGAGGAGGAGAGCGAAGAACGCAGCGUCAUUGAGACACUGUUCUGGUACAUGGAUCGGAUUGUAAUUUCGGCCAAAAGUUUCCCGGUCAAGGUGAGAUUUGGCAGCGAAAAAUUGGAUUUUUCUUGGGGGUUUUGGGUGAAAAUGUGAUUUUUUGCGGGAAAUUUUGGGAGGCAAAUAAAAAAUAUAGCAUUUUCGGGCCUUGAGGGGGUUUAGUUUUUGGUUUUUAACAGAAAUUUUUUUACUUUUUAAAAAAUUUUCAAAAAAAUUUUUUUUUUAUUUUUCGGAAAUUUUUUUUAAGUGCUCUAGAACAUUGUAUACAGCUUGAAAUUUAUUUUAAAUUGCAUUUAAAAGUUUUUUUUUACAAUUUUUCAUGUCAUUUUUACAAAAAAAAAUUUUGAAAUUUCGAAAUUUUUUUUAAAAAUUAUAUUGUACUAGGUAAAAUUUGAUCUCAAUAUAGCUUUAAUAGGUCUUGAAUUUCUUGGAAAUUGCAUUGGAAUUACUUUUAAUGGGGAAAAUUAUCAAAAUUUGGCCAUUUUUAUAUUACCCUUGCCAUUCCAGUACUGGGACAAGUUUGUGCGCCGAAAAACCAAGCAAAAGUACAAGGAGCAGGUGGACGAAGAGACUCUGGAGGCGCUGUUGGGAACGGAGCGAUCGCCCGGCGACACCUCCUUCGACUAUCGCUACAACUGCUGGCUGUGGGUGGGCGUGAUCCUGACGAACGGGCAGUUUUUGUACCGCGUCAUGUACUUGGUCGUGUCGUCGUUUGGCGUCGCGUUCAGCCCAUUUUUCUACGCCUUCCUCUUGAUCGAUGUGGUCCUCUCAUUCCCCAUGUUAAAAGCCAUCCUCCAGUCCGUCACCCACAACCUCCAACAGCUCAUCUUGACCAUCAUGAUGACCUUGGUGGUGGUCUACUUGUACACCGUGGUGGCCUUCAACUUCUUCCGAAAGUUCUAUAUCCAAGACGGAGAGGAGGGCGAAGAGCCCGACCGCAAAUGCCAUUAUAUGCUUACGGUAAGGAAUUUUGGAAAUUUGCACGGUGCGAAAAUUUUUUUUUUGGGUUUUGCACGGUGCGGAGAAUUUUUUUGGGGAAUCUUGCACGGUGCAGAAAAAAAUUUGAAAAAUUUGCACCGUGCGAAAGAUUUGGGGAGUUUUGCACGGUGCGAAAAAUUUUGGAAAACUUUGCACGGUGCGAAAAUUUUUUUUUUUGGUUUUGCACAGUGCAAAAAAUUUUGGAAAAUUUGCACGGUGCGAAAAAAUUUGAAAAAUUUUGCACGGUGCAAAAAUUUAGAGAAAAUUUGCACGGUGCAAAAAAUUCUGGAAAUUUUUGCACAGUGCGGAAAAAAUUUUUGCGAAUUUUGCACGGUGCAAAAAAAUUUGGAAAAGUUUGCACGGUGCAAAAAUUUUUUUGGGGGGAAUUUUGCACAGUGCGAAAAAACUUUUGAGUCCUCGCACGGUGCGGAAAAUUUCGGAAGAUUUUUCACGACGCAGAAAGACUCGGAAGAUUUUGCACGGUGCGAAAAAUUUUGGAAAAUUUGCACAGUGCAGAAAAAUUUUUGGUUUUUCGCACGGUGCAGUGAAAGAAUUUUUUACAAUUUUGGAAUUGCGCAAAGUUAAAAUAAAUUAAGAAACAAAAUUUUUAGCUCAAAAAUAGCAAUCCUCGUCAUCUGAACCAUGUGUUUUUGACAGAGUCUAAACUUGGAAACGAUUUUUUUUUGGAAAUUUAUUUUCAAAAAAAAAUUUUUUUUGCUCCCGGAAUUGCAAGUAUCAACAAUAUUUCUUGCUCCUUCUUUUAAUUUUUUUUUGUUGUCUCAAUGGGAUUUAUUAAAUUAGUCGGUCAUUUUGCGUCAUUGGCUGUGCAUUUGUCGUUUUCUUUUGCCUAAAAUUAUUCGCUGCCGAAAUUAAUCGAAUUGGCCGGAAAUUUGAUUAUUUUAGUUUGGUAUGGUCUUGGAGUAGGAGAAAAAAUUUUGGGUCAAGUGUUUCUCUCGUGGAAAAAAGGUUUUAUUUUUUGGCGGGAAAUUUGAAUUUUUGAAAUUUUUUGGGUUGAGAAAUUCAUUUGAUUGGUCUAUAUAGAAACUACAAAUCGUAUUUUACUUUUAGAAGUUGAUUUUUUGUUUGAAUUUAAUUAUUUUUUCUAUUUUUUUGAAAAAAAAAAUUGGCGGGAAAUUUGAAUUUUUGAAUUUUUUAGAAAAAAAAUGGCGGGAAAUUUGAAUUUUUGAAUUUUUAUGCUGAAGGGCGUAUUUUACCUUCGGAAUAACCGAUUUUUGAUCGAAUUUUUAAAAUUUUUAGCAAAAAAAUUUUGGCGGGAAAUUUGAAUUUUUCGAUUUUUUUCAAUAAUGAAAUUUUCGUAUUUUGCUUUUUGAAAAAUUUUUUUUCCGUAAUUUUCUUAUUUUUCAAAAUUUUUUAUUCUAAUUUUCUUCAAUUUCAGUGUUUCAUCUACCAUUUCUACGCGGGUGUGCGUGCGGGCGGAGGUAUUGGUGACGAGCUGGAGUCGCCGUACGGCGACGACCUGGAGUACCCGCGCAUGCUGUACGACAUUUCGUUCUUCUUCUUCGUGAUCGUCAUCCUGCUGGCCAUCAUGCAGGGUCUGAUCAUUGACGCGUUCGGCGAGCUGCGUGACCAGCAGGAGAGCGCCACCGAGAAGCUGGAGUCCUCCUGCUUCAUUUGCGACAUCGGCAAGGACACGUUCGACCGGAUGCCGCGCGGCUUCGAAAUUCACACCACCAAGGAGCACAACUUUGCCAAUUACUUGUUCUUUUUGCAGCACUUGGUGAACAAGGAUGAGACCGAGUACACGGGACAGGAAACGUACGUCCGGGAGAAGUACGACAACCGCGAUUGGGAGUUCUUCCCGGUCGGCGAGUGCUUCAUGAAACAGUACGAAGAUCAACUACUGCAGACUUAG